AGCACGUUUGCAAGGGAAUUUUCUACAGGCUAUCUGAUUGGAGAGAUUCUUAAUCGCCACAAGCUCCAGGAUGACUUUCACCAGUUCUCCAAGGGAAGGAACACAAUUUCUCAGAUCAAUAAUUUCCAGCGUCUGUUACCGACUCUACAGCUCUUGGGGGUGAUGAUCAGUGACAAAGUGGUGAUGGGACUGGUUCAGCAGGAGCCUGGAGUUGCCACACGUCUUCUGUACCAGAUCUACAUUGCACUGCGCCGGAAAGAGAAGGCUCAGCUGUCCAAGCUUGCCAUGGAGACCAUGAGACCAUCUGCAACAGCCAAGCUGGCCAGCAUCAGCAGCAAGAUGUACAAUGAGCGUCUGAAGUCGAUGAUUCCACAUGAAGUUGAUGUGAUCCUGCGCAAUGUCUCAAACCAAUUUGUAGCUGUGGGCAAGGAGAUGAAAGAGGAGGUGAACCAGAAACAUGAGGAAGAGCUACAUAAAAAACAAAAUAUCCUGGAACAGCAGAGAACUGAAAACCAGGAAUCGCUCCGAGAAGCCAAACAGAAAAAUGAGGAGCUGAUGGCUAAGAUCCAGGCAUCUCUGAUCCAUGUCUCCAAACCAAUGCCUCAAAAAAUGGCUAAAAUGUUAGAAAAGCGCAAAGAGGAGUUAAGGAAGAAGGAAGCUGAGAUGUUUAUGAAAGAGAUCAAUGAGUUUGAAACAAUACUGACCAAGUUGGAGCCAAUUGGUGCUGAAAAAGAACAUGAGAGGACAAGCAGUGCAGUCCCUAUUAUGGAAGAACCUACCCCUUUGAAUGAGACGUUAGUUCCAUGUGUGAGAGUGGAGGAACAUCGCACAUUUAUUGAGAACCUUCGGAAGAGACUGGAUGAGGAAAGCAAAGCAAGGAAGGAGCGGGAGAAGCGGCGACGACGAGUGUUAUUGGACCAGCUACAGGCACAUGAGGCCCAGGAGGAGGUGUAUCAUGAGGAGCAACUGGUGAAUCGGCUGAUGCGCCAGUCACUACAGGAAAGGCGGAUUGCUGUCCAGCUGAUGCAUGCUCGCCAUGAGAAACAAAUCAUCAUACAAAACCGUAUCUUCCGGGAGAAGCAGUACGAGGAGAAACGAUUGCAGGAGUUCCAGGAAGCAUUGGACAAGGAAGCGGUGUUGGCGAGACAGGAAAAACUGGAGCACAUGGAGCAGAUCCAGCAAGAGCGAGCAGUCCAUGAGCAGAUCAUGGCUGAGCGGUCUGAGCAGCGAUUCCGGAAACAUUAUAACCUGUGCCAGAAAGUGCUGGACCAUAUCAUCGACUUGGUGACCAAGAUCGCAGAAUACCGCGAGCUUACGCUGAACUUGAUUCCAAAGAAGAUGAUGAGAGAAUGGAAGGAGAUGUUCUUCCAUGAAAUUCCUUUCUACGAGCAGCCAAUCAGUAAGCCACAGUCUGGGAGGGGAAGUUCAGCAGAUUCUGUGCAGGAGGAACUCAUGGCCGUGUUAAACAGCCAGGAUUAUGAGGAUUAUAAGAUGAUGACUGGUGAAUGGCUGCCACCUGAAGGAGGAGAUAUUCAUGGUCCCCCAGCCAACAAUAACAUUCUGGGACAUGUGGUUGCAUGCAUCUUUGAGAUAGUUCAUCCAACCAAGCCACCAACGCCACCUCCCGUGUUUCCUCCAUUCCCCAUCAAGGCAUGCAUUCUAGGAAAGAUUCUUGCAGGCAAAAGCACCUGCCUGAAAUAUUUAGCAGAAGCUCUGCAGAUCCGUGUCCUUGUGCCAGACGUAUUGGUUCGUGAAGCUGUGCAAGCCUAUGAGGAGUGUGAAACCACAUAUCACACUCAGACACAGGAAAACAGCACAGAAAUUAGCAAAGAACACCAGGUUGGCCUAGACGAGGUGAGCACUGACCCAGGGCCAUUAGCAUGUGCAAGCUUCAAUGCAUUGGAAGGCCAGGAAACCACAAGUACUCGGGCAAGUUCCAGCAAGGACCACUUCAGUGAUGCCAUGAAGAAUGUAUCAAAGGGGCGACUGACUGAUCUAAUUGAAUGCGAUUUGCAAGACAGCAAAGAAGUUGAUAAAGCUGGGUCCUCACCACAGGUCAACGUCCAGGAGCCAACAGAAACAGAGGUGUCUGUCACCAGCAAGUUUGAACCUAAGCCAAGUGUCAGGGCUGAGUUGGGAGCGAGAGCUGCCAAAUUCCUGAGGAAAGGAAAAGGUGUUCCAGACGAGUUGCUGGUGGAGAUUAUUGUUGAGUGUGUGCGCUCUCUGCCGAUGGAUUGUGGUUGGAUUCUGGAUGGUUUCCCAGUGACUGUUCACCAAGCCAAACUGCUGGAGAAGUGGCUAACUGGGGUUGACCCUGACAAAGCGGAAAAAAAGACCAAGAAGUCCAACACCAGCCUUGCCUUUGACCCAAGAGCUCCCAAGGAUCCUCCCCCUCCACAGCCAGCUCUGGACAUCGCCAUCCUGCUGGAUGUUUCAGACAACACCAUACUGGCUCGACAUUCUGAGAGUACAAUCAGUUUGGUGUCUGGGAGUGAGAGCCAGGGAUCAGUCAGCCUGCAGCAGGAUAACCAAGGGAAUCAGACUGUUCCAGAAAGCAGUAGCCCUGAAGAAGAACAACUGGUGCCCCGGCUGGCUAGCUUCCUCGACCAUUGGCCCAAAUUGGAGAAAUGGUUUGAGGUGAAGCAGAAGAUUCUGGUGAGGGUGAAUGGGGAACUGGAACACACUGAGUUGUUGGAAAAACUGGAGCUCAUCCUGGUCGAAACCUUGUACAAGAAACAGUGUAAAGAAGUGGUGCCAGAAAAACCUGCCGACACCGAAAUGCUUCCUUCCACGGCUCAGACGGAGUCAACCCCAUCCCCCGUGACUCAGGACAAUAUUCCAAAGGAAGGAAAAUCCAUGAAGAGUGAUUCUGUGAGCGGACUGAGCUCGAUGAAGAUAAAGAGCAAGAUGAAUGUGUCCGCUCGUGACAAGAAACAGGAGAAAUCCAGUUCUGUUACUCAGUCAGCAGUUGCUAAAGGCAAAAAGAGAAAAGGGAAGGUGGAGCCUAACACACCAGAGCCAAUCAUUGCACCUGAACCACAGAGACCUCCACCUCCAAAACCAGGCUCAGACCAAUGGGUUUACGUGGAUGAACCUGUUCAUCAGGAGGUUGCUGAAUACCUGGCUGCCUAUUGGACCAGUAUUGAAAGCACAUAUAUCAACACCAUCCAGAGUAUGAUGCAGGAGGAGCGACGCGAGCAGCACCGCAUCAUCCACUACCUGCACAAGAUCAGGGUAGAUUUUCAGGAGUAUUUGGAGUCUCGCCCUGACCAUAAACAGGAGUUUGUCACGCAGUGGCAGAAUGAUUAUAAUUCCAUUGCUGAGGAUCUCCGACAUGAUGAGGAUGUGAAGGCAGAACUGCUCCUGAGGCUUUAUAAUCUGCGAGAAAGUCUCUGGGACAUUUCAGACAACAGGAAGGAAGAGGCCGAACGGGAGAGGAUGAAUAUUAUGGGCAAUGGCUGGCUGGAGGAUCACCUGGGUUUACUGCUAAACAUUUACACAACCCUCAUGCAGGUGGAAAUCGAUCGAUUCCAGGACACUUACCGGUUCCUACAAGAUUAUUACAAGGUGAUGGAAGGGAACAUCCCACCAGAAGACAUCAAAGAGUUUGCACGUAUCCCGUUGGUCAGCGUGUCUUAUGUCCAAACCCCAGCUUCAUUGCUAUCCCUGGAUCAGGAGGUGUUCAGUGCUCAAGAUUCCAGCCAACUGGACAGACAGCAAGAGCCAGAGAGCAGCAGCCCAGUGAGGGACAGCAAGCCAGAGCCAAGGGAGGAUUAUAUAACCGAAGACAUGGCUCAAGAUUCCAGCCAAGUGGAUAGGAAGGGAGAGGUGGAGAACAGCAGCCCGCUGAUAGAUGGCAAGGCAGAGCGGAGGGAGGAAGUCGAUGAAAAACAAGACGCAACAUUGUUUAAAGUACCGCUCGUUCCCUAUCGGAUUCCCUCCUCCAGUCUGGCAGCGAAGGAUAAAGGGAAAAACCUGGUAAAGGUACCAGGGAAAAUGAAGGAUGAGUCAAUUGUCCUCGAGAUCCCACCUCCCCUAACUGGAGUUGAUGAGUAUCUGAUCUUGGAAGCCUAUCAGACUGCAACAUCAACCCUCUCCAGCAUUAUUCAAACAGAAAUAAGAAUAAACGAGGAAGAGGAGAGGAAAGAACAGAAGUUGAAAGAAGAAAAGGAAAAAGAAUUGCAGAAGUCAGCUGGAAAAGACUCCAAAAAAAAGGGAGGGAAGUCAGCAGAUAAAAAGAAAGGCCAGCAGGCUGUAACCCCCUCAGUGCCACCCCCUGUGACUGAGAAUCCAGAGGUGGCUAGGAAGAAAGAACUGAGAGAGAAAAUAUUCACAGAGUACAUGGGAGCUUUGGAGCAUGAGGCGCAAGCUGUCAGGCUACAACUGAAACUGAUCAAAGUCAAGGCCAUAGCUGUUGUCCAGGAGCUGAAAUCAAAGGCACGAGAAAUCUUCACCAUCAUGGAGGAUCAGCUCGGGGCCAGAUUCCUGCAGGAAAUGGAAAGCAUCAACACUCUGCUUGAUAUCGGCCUGGGGUAUGUGAAUGCUGGCACUAAGAUCGAACACCAGCUCAUCCUCAAAAGCAAAGAGUUCUUCGUCAAUGGAGACGUGAAGAUGAUUCCUGACCCUCCACCACUCACUCGCUUACCUUCCAAAGAGAUUGCAAAGGAAGGCGAGCUAACCAUUGAGCAGCUCACUAACCUCCAUCGACAGUUUAUGCUUGUGGCACCCACAGGUUUAAUGCUGAAAAACACAUUCAUUGAGGUUUUACAGGACCUGGUGACGCUGGACCUAGGCACAGACCAAUUGCCAGAUCAAUGGAGUUCCAUUUCCUACUCACAGGUGUUGGAUAUAGCAAGGAUGCUAACUCCAGAAUCGGAUUUUUUGGACUGGCGUCGAUUCCUGCUCUCGGCUGCUCUGCCAUGGCCUUAUCCGUCCCUUGCUGAACUGCUCGAUACUAAGAGAAGGUUCCAGACAGUAGAUUUUGCAGAGACUGGCUUUGUUACAAAGGAGCAGUAUGAUCAGGUAGAGCUGUGGUUUGAGGGAGAGGCUGAGCUCAAGCUGCCAGAUGACCCAACAGUCCCUGUCCCCUUCCAAAGGCUGAAGCAACUCAAGCAGGUUUUCUUCACUCUGUUUGCUGAUGAGAGCUGGUCGCCACCGGAGCUGGAAUAUAACAACAUGCUGCUGUACUUUGCAACUCACCGAGACCCAGCCCAGGGAUUCCACCGAUCACUCAGCCUGGCUUCAGGAAUAAUCCUGACCUGGAAUCCAGACUCAGACUCCACCCUACUCAAGUCUGAACCAUGCAUUGACCGUCAGUCUAUAAGGGAGACUCCAAUUGUUCUCGACACCCCUGAUGAAGCUUCUCCUUCAGCUGAGAUGGUGCCAAUAUACGCACUGUUUCAGAUCCUAACACAUGGAGUUGCCAAGAGUGAGGACACUCAUCGCCACAGCAACAAAUAUGAAAUAGAGCAGCUUUACUGCAAGCAUUUAACUCAGGUGUACAACGAUUUGGGAUCAAAGAACUUUGAACCUGUUCCAUUUCAGAUUUUACUGAGGCAUCCAUUCAUCAUAGACCUGAUAAAGAAUCCAGUCAAAUUCACCCUGCCCGAUUUCAAGACCAUCCUGCAGAGGAAGCCAGUGGAAAGUGAAGCAGUUGCAAGCAGCUCCCCUGAACUUUCAGUGGAAACAUCUUCCAACACACCAACAGAGGAUCCAGGAGCAAGCCGCCGAAGAAUUACCAAAUCGUGAAAUUUGUUUGUAAUUGGCAAUUAUACCUGGGUCAGAAUGUGCAUGUCAUUCAGUAGCUGGAAUAA